GUAGCAAAACGAACUUACCGCAAUUAAAAUAAGCCGCAUAUUCCAGAAAGGUGGAAUGAAACUCCUAUUUCUUCAAAGGCUUAUCUCCGGAACGUUCUUUUGCUGUAUGUUAUGUCCCUGUGUUUCCAUAGACUUUUUUCAUUUAAGAGGGAUAUAAAAGGCACUUGCAUAUCUAUAGGUCAAUUAAUCUUGAACUUUGAACGCUUCCAUGUCUUGACGGACGCCUUGUUUUAUUUUGUUAACGCAGAGAGGGAAGUGACGUUGACAACGUCACCAGCACUGCGUGCUUUUAUUGGUGGAUUUCACGCGAUGGUCGAACUUUUGGGGGAAGAAUUUUUUAAAAAGUUCAUUCAAGAACUAAAUUCAAUGGAACAUCGAACUGUGUCUCCUCUCUCGGAAUUGGCUUUAAACGCUGAAGUUAAGUUUUAAGCAUUCCACGUGAAAGAAAAAAGGAUUGUUUAAUCCAUUAUUAGCCAGCUCGGCAGACCAAUGUUAAGAUGUGCGUUGGAUUUAUACAACAACUGAAAGUAAGUGGAGUUGCCGUAUCUAAAUGCUUUUUAUUACUGUAUUAAUUAUAUAUGAAACAUUUAAUUGGUGCUGUAUGCAUGCUUCAUACUUCAUAAUUAAGCAAAGCAAAACCUACUAAAGAAGUAAAGAUGGCGGAAAACAAAACAUCUUAAAGUGUUGCCAACGAAGUACAAUAAAAUACAAUAAAACUGGGGCUCAUCUGGCAGUUUCAAUGAAAGAUUUUUCAACAAAAUGAAUAUUGCACUUUAAUGAAGAGGGAAGUUAACUUUUUGUUAAAAGUAGUACUUUGAAAAUGUUUGAGAAAAUAUUUACACUGAGAUUCAAUAUGAAAAUUUUUUGCAUCACGUGACUUCCAUUUUUUUUUAAUUACAAAGCUUAAAUCCGAAAAAAAGUUGAAUUUGAAAGUUUGUAAUGAUGUUUAGAAGACCAGCAUUUGCUUUCUACAUUGGUGUGCUGAUCGCCUCUGUUCCUUUCUUCACAAUAUUUAUUCUUCUCAACGGACCUGAUCUUUCAGAAGAACAUGUUCUGAGCCAGAGAGUUCUAGAGCUUUAUGAAAGAUUAAAACAUGCUGAAAUGCUUAACCUUGAGCGAAGGAAUGACAUCGUCAACUUGCGAAGAAAUUUCGGAGCAUUAUUUAAAGCCGCUAGUACUAUUGAACUUUUAAAUAAUUCAGUUCAUUUAGAAAAAAAUAAUUUAUGGAAAGACUCACAGCAACUUUUAGCUGGUAUACAGGGAACCGUAGAUUUGCAACUGCCAUCCAUUCACCAUUUUCUUCCUCAUUUAAUAAAAUCACCCGAUAGUUUAACUCCUAGUAUCAAAUUAUCCAGAGACAGAAGUGGUGUUACCAUGGUUUUAGGCAUACCAACAGUUAAAAGAGAAGUUCAAAGUUACUUAAUGUCAACUUUGCAAAAUCUGAUUGAGAAUAUGUCACUGGAAGAGAAAAAUGAUGCUAUAAUUAUCGUAUUUAUUGCUGAAAUGGAUUCUGAGUACAUUGUACGGCAAGCUGCAGAAAUAGAAAACCAAUUUCAAGAGCACAUAAAUUCUGGUCUUCUAGAAGUCAUUGCUCCCCCUUCUUCAUUUUACCCUGAUUUUGAUCAGUUGAGACAGACAUUAGGAGAUCCUCCGGAACGAGUCAAAUGGAGAACCAAGCAGAAUUUAGAUUUUUCUUUCCUCAUGAUGUACGCUCAGCCGAAAGGAAUGUUCUAUGUUCAGUUGGAGGAUGAUAUUUUAUCUAAACCAGGCUAUAUUGAAAGUAUGAAAAAAUUUGCUUAUAAACAAACUGCUGAGAAAAAGGACUGGAUGAUUUUGGAUUUUUGUCAGCUAGGAUUUAUUGGGAAAAUGUUCAAGUGCAUUGACUUAUCCAAGUUGAUAACUUUUUUCGUUAUUUUUCAUAGUGAUAAGCCAGUCGAUUGGCUUUUGGAUCAUGUUGUUCAAACAAAAGUAUGCAGAUUUGAUAAAGAUCCUAAAGAUUGUAAAAAACGGAAAGAUCAAGUUUGGUUGCAUUAUAAGCCAUCAUUAUUUCAACAUGUUGGAACUCACUCAUCUUUGAAAGGAAAGGUUCAAAAACUUAAAGAUAAGCAGUUUGGAAAGUUAUCCCUUCAUCAUCCCCAUAAAAAUCCUGAAGCUGAUGUUAAAACUUCUCUAAAGGCUUACAAGGGUUAUUCUGCAACGAGGGCUUAUAAAGGUGAUACCUUUUUUUGGAGUUUACUUCCUCAGCCAGGAGAUAUUCUUGCAUUUCAUUUCAAAAGCCCCAUUGUGAUUGAAAAAUAUUUGUUUAGAAGUGGCAAUGCAGAACAUCCAGAAGAUAAAUUUGUUAAUACAACCGUUGAAGUACUUCCUGUUUAUUAUUCUGAAGAGCAGCCUUACACGAAGACCAAAGAUGGAUUCUUAAUAGUUGGACAAUUUAAAGAUACAACAGGCGUUGCUGAAGGAAAUAUUAGUUCUUCAGUUGGACAAGUGAAAGUCAUGAGACUUUAUGUGCACGCUGAAAGUGAUCGCUGGGCAAUAUUAAGUGAAAUUCACAUACAACCAGUGGAAAGAAAAUUAGGAAUAUUUGGUCGGUGAUACAAUGCUGCCUUCCUCCUGAGAUUACAAAACUUUCCAAUUUAUUUUUCUGCACACAAUGUUCCUUGAUAUAGUGCCUUAUACCAUGAGAGAGAUAAAAUAUUGAUGAGAUGAAUUAUUGAUACUAAUAGUACACAUUCAAUACUAAUAGUACACGUGAUAUUUUAAACUAUUGAUUUUGAAUAAUGUGAAAGUGUGAUGAAUGGUUUAAUUUAAAAGAAAAAAUGUUCUUUUAUCAUUUAUCUUAGUUUUUGAUUUUUUUUAAAAAAUGUACUAUUAUUAUGUUAUAAAUGUUUUCCU